CACUGAUCAAAACAAACAAGCAGGGGCUGCUAUGUAUACAUGUAUAUAUAUACAGAAAGUGGCUUCGAUCUACGUUACAAGAAGAUCCAACAUUUUAGUUGAAGAAAUUAAACCAGAGGUAGGCAGAAGAAGAAAGUGAAUAUGGAACAAGGGUCGAGGACAGAAGCAUUUAGGAAGGAAGGAGAGAAGAAACUUGGGGAAGGACCUCAAAUAUCGAAAAUGGAAGCAGUAACCGUGGAAGCGUAUGGAGGAGGACUGUACGGCAGAGAUGACAGAGAAGAAGGUCAUCAAGAACAGUUGAAGAAGAAGGCACCAGCAAGUGAUACACAGAGUGCAGAUGGCCCUGUGGAACGCACUCGUCUUCCCCUCAACCAUCAUUCUCCGCCUUCCACUGGUGAUCGAGAUUUAGACAUAACUGGCCAAUCUUACAUCCAAUAGUAGUAGAUCUCUCUCAUUUUACCACCCUUUUUAGUUUUGACCUUUUUGUUAUGGCUCUCCUCAGAGUUAUUGUAUAUUGUAUAUGUUAUUUGUUUGUCCUAGUUUAGUUACCGCUCAGAGUUACGUUA